CUGGCGGGUGAGUGACUCACACACCUGUGCCCACUGCAUGCGCAGCAAGGGAGCCAGUGAACGUGGCCCCUGAGCUCCUGCCCACCGGCUGAAACAGACGAGACCCCUCCCUGCCGCUGGAGCCUGCCCCCAUCACCUGCACUCCCUUCUCCUGUGGCUGGAAUUGGACUGCACAGAAUCCGGGUCAGGCUUUUGGUUUUUAAACAUCGCUGUCCCUUGCUGAAUUGGAGGAGAACGCGUUGGAGGUCACUGGGCGAGCGGCUGGGACGGUGCGGGUCUGAGCUGCACCUUGUCGAUGGCUUCCUCCCGUCCUCCACAGGCUGCCAUAGGAGAUCGGCUGCUUCCUGGAGGCCCAAGCCCCUCCCCCGAGGCGGAGGACGACCCCGGAGAGACCUUUGAGUUUGACGACAGUGACGAUGAUGAGGACACCAGUGCUGGCCUGGGCGUCCCAGGCGCUCCUCCAGAGGAGGCAGACACCCCACUGAUCCACUUGGACUCCGCCCCGGCCACUGACCCAGAUCCAGCGGCCGCACCGCCGCAGACACAGGGGCCAGCGGUGGUGAGCAAUGGGGAGGCAGUGGACGCAGCUUUCCCCGGGGUCCGGCGCUCCAGCUGGAAGCGGAAGAGCUCCCGUCGCAUCGACCGGUUUACUUUCCCCGCCCUGGAAGAAGAUGUGAUUUACGACGACGUUCCCUGCGAGAACCUGGACGCCCAUCAACCCGGGGCGGAGAAGAACCUGCUCUAUGAGGAUGUGCACCGGGAUGGGGCGCCCCGGGAGGCCGAGGACCUAGGCUGGAGCUCCAGCGAGUUUGAGAGCUACAGCGAGGACUCGGGGGACGAGGCCAAGCCGGAGGCGGAGCCCACCAAGCACCGAGUGUCCUUCCAGCCCAAGCUUUCUCCAGACCUGACUAGGCUAAAGGAGAGAUACGCCAGGACUAAGAGAGACAUCUUGGCGUUAAGAGUUGGGGGGAGAGACAUGCAGGAGCUGAAGCACAAGUACGAUUGUAAGAUGACCCAGCUCAUGAAGGCUGCCAAGAGCGGGACCAAGGACGGGCUGGAGAAGACGAGGAUUGCUGUCAUGCGCAAAGUGUCCUUUCUGCACAGGAAGGAUGUCCUCGGUGAUUCGGAGGAGGAAGACAUGGGGCUCCUGGAGGUCAGCGUUACAGACAUCAAGCCCCCAGCCCCGGAGCUGGGCCCCAUGCCAGACGGCCUGAGCCCUCAGCAGGUGGUCCGGAGACACAUCCUGGGCUCCAUUGUGCAGAGUGAAGGCAGCUACGUGGAGUCUCUGAAGCGGGUACUCCAGGAUUACCGCAACCCUCUGAUGGAGAUGGAGCCAAAGGCGCUGAGCGCCCGCAAGUGCCAGGCCGUGUUCUUCCGCGUGAAGGAGAUCCUGCACUGCCACUCCAUGUUCCAGAUCGCCCUGUCCUCCCGCGUGGCCGAGUGGGACUCCACCGAGAAGAUCGGGGACCUCUUCGUGGCUUCAUUCUCCAAGUCCAUGGUGCUAGACGUGUACAGUGACUAUGUGAACAACUUCACCAACGCCAUGUCCAUCAUCAAGAAGGCCUGUCUCACCAAGCCCGCCUUCCUCGAGUUCCUCAAGCGGCGGCAGGUGUGCAGCCCCGACCGCGUCACACUGUACGGACUGAUGGUGAAGCCCAUCCAGAGGUUCCCGCAGUUCAUCCUCCUGCUGCAGGACAUGCUGAAGAACACCCCCAGGGGCCACCCGGACAGGCUCUCGCUGCAGCUGGCCCUCACGGAGCUGGAGACGCUCGCCGAGAAGCUCAACGAGCAGAAGCGGCUGGCCGACCAGGUGGCCGAGAUCCAGCAGCUGACCAAGAGCGUCAGCGACCGCAGCAGCCUCAGCAAGCUCCUAACCUCAGGCCAGCGGCAGCUGCUUCUGUGUGAAACGCUGACGGAGACCGUGUAUGGUGACCGCGGGCAGCUGAUCAAGUCCAAGGAGCGCAGGGUCUUCCUGCUCAACGACAUGCUGGUCUGUGCCAACAUCAACUUCAAGCCUGCCCACCACAGGGGCCAGCUGGAGAUCAGCAGCCUGGUGCCCCUGGGGCCCAAGUACGUGGUGAAGUGGAACACGGCGCUGCCCCAGGUGCAGGUGGUGGAGGUGGGCCAGGAGGGCGGCUCCUGUGAUAAGGACAACGUGCUCAUCCAGCAUGCCGGGGCCAAGAAGUGGCCACCACUCUCCUGGGCCUGUGAAGGCUCCUCGCCUCUCAUGGGCGCAGUUGAUUCUCAGUCUUCUGGUCUCCUGGUCUUUCUCUGCCCAGAUAAGGUGUACCUCGGCCCCCCGCGCCUCUUCCAGGAGCUGCAGGACCUGCAGAAGGACCUGGCUGUGGUGGAGCAGAUCACCCUCCUGAUCAGCACGCUGCACGGCACCUACCAGAACCUGAACAUGACUGUGGCUCAAGACUGGUGCCUGGCCCUGCAGAGGCUCAUGCGGGUGAAGGAGGAGGAGAUCCACUCAGCCAACAAGUGCCGCCUUAGGCUACUGCUUCCAGGGAAACCGGACAAGUCCGGCCGCCCCAUCAGCUUCAUGGUGGUCUUCAUCACACCCAACCCCUUGAGCAAGAUCUCCUGGGUCAACAGGUUGCACUUGGCCAAGAUUGGACUCCGAGAGGAGAACCAGCCUGGCUGGCUGUGUCCAGACGAGGACAAGAAGAGCAAAGCCCCGUUCUGGUGCCCGAUCCUGGCCUGCUGCAUCCCCGCCUUCUCCUCCCGGGGCCUUAGCCUGCAGCUUGGGGCCCUGGUCCACAGCCCUGUCAGCUGUCCCCUGCUGGGCUUCUCGGCUGUCAGCACCUCCCUUCCACAGGGCUACCUCUGGGUCGGGGGCGGGCAGGAGGGCGCAGGGGGCCAGGUCGAGAUCUUCUCCCUGAACCGGCCCUCGCCCCGCACGGUCAAGUCCUUCCCACUGGCGGCCCCUGUGCUCUGCAUGGAGUACAUCCCAGAGCCGGAGGAGGGGGAGAGUGGAGACCAAGAAGAAAGCCGCACGGCUGCGGACGCCUCAGCUGGAGUGCAUCCCGCCAUCUGCCUCGGGCUCCAGGAUGGCAGCAUCCUGGUUUACAGCAGCGUGGACACAGGCACCCAGUGCCUGGCGACCUGCAGGAGCCCAGGCCUGCAGCCCGUGCUCUGCCUGCGACACAGCCCCUUCCACCUGCUUGCUGGCCUGCAGGACGGGACCCUUGCUGCCUACCCUCGGACCAGUGGAGGUGUCCCCUGGGACCUGGAGAGCCCGCCCGUGUGCCUGACUGUGGGGCCUGGGCCUGUCCGUACCCUGCUGAGCCUGGAGGACGCCGUGUGGGCCAGCUGUGGGCCCCGGGUCACCGUCCUGGAUGCCACCAGCUUGCAGACUCAGCAAAGCUUCGAGGCGCACCAGGACGAGGCCGUGAGCGUGACACACAUGGUGAAGGCGGGCAGCGGCGUCUGGAUGGCCUUCUCCUCCGGCUCCUCCAUCCGCCUCUUCCACACGGAGACGCUGGAGCACCUGCAGGAGAUCAACAUCGCCACCAGGACCACCUUCCUGCUGCCCGGCCAGAAGCACCUGUGUGUCACCAGCCUCCUGAUCUGCCAGGGUCUGCUCUGGGUGGGCACCGACCAGGGUGUCAUCGUCCUGCUGCCUGUGCCUCGGCUGGAAGGCAUCCCUAAGAUCACAGGGAAAGGCAUGGUCUCGCUCAACGGUCACUGUGGGCCUGUGGCCUUCCUGGCUGUGGCCACCAGCAUCUUGGCCCCCGAUAUUCUGCGGAGCGACCAGGAGGAGGCCGAGGGGCCGCGGGCCGAGGAGGACAAGCCGGACGGGCAGGCUCACGAGCCAGCGCCUGUGCCUGCCAGCCACGUGGGCCGAGAGCUGACCCGCAAGAAGGGCGUCCUUCUGCAGUACCGCCUGCGCUCCACCGCCCACCUCCCGGGCCCCCUGCUCUCCGUGCGGGAGCCGGAGCCCACGGACGGCUCAGCCCUGGAGCACAGCGAGGAGGACGGCUCCAUCUACGAGAUGGCCGACGACCCCGACGUCUGGGUGCGCAGCCGGCCCUGUGCCCGCGACGCCCACCGCAAGGAGAUCUGCUCGGUGGCCAUCAUCUCGGGAGGACAGGGCUACCGCAACUUCGGCAGCGCCCCGGGCAGCAGCGGGAAGCCGGCCCCUUGCGGGGAGACGGACAGUGCCCUCCUCAUCUGGCAGGUGCCCUUGAUGCUAUAGCCCCUACCUAGGCCACACGGCAGCAGCCAUGCCAGCUCUCAGCCUGCUGUGGGCCCUUCCAGCGGUCCAGGGGCCCCAGGGAUCACUGGAUGGACUCGCCCUCCAGGGACCUGCACCGGGCCACGCGGACGGGCCUGGAUCUCCAGUACUACCGGAGCGAAGCAGAGGAAAACCUCUUCCUUUUUAAGAAAAAAAAAAUAUUUCAGAGUGUUUAGGAGAGUGGUUUGAGUUUGGGGAAAGGGAGGACACCUCUGGAGGAAAUGGCCUUCUUUUUUAAAAGCAAAAAACACAAAACCUCACAACUGCCUGGCAAGCUCAAUGCCUCUUGUCGGGGCCCAGUCGGGGCACAGGGGUGGCCGCCCGCCCCUCCUGGAAGGGCGUGUGCGUGUGAGUGUAUGAGAGCGUGUGGGCUGGUGUGUGAAUAUAUAUAAAUACGUAUAUAUGGUGUAUAUUAUAUGUGUAUAAAUGAAGUCUGUACAUAUUGGAGCUCUGGGAGAUGCUGGAAUAAAAAGCAAGAAUAACAUCA